GAUUGGGCUCAGGAGGCAUGAAGAGAAGCAAAGCAAUAGCACAGCCUGCCAGGACCUUUACGCGUGGACGGAUGGCAGCAUGGCAACAUUCAGGAACUGGUACGUGGAUGAACCUUCGUGCGGCAGCGAGGUCUGCGUGGUCAUGUACCAUCAGCCAUCGGCACCUGCUGGCGUCGGGGGCCCCUAUAUGUUCCAGUGGAAUGACGACCGGUGCAACAUGAAGAACAAUUUUGUUUGCAAAUAUUCCGAUGAUGAAAGAACAGAGCCAGUGACACCCAUGCUUCUGGAAGAUACGGGCAAAGAAGAUGCCAGAGAGACAUUUAAAGGAAACGACGAAGCCGCCUUGAAUCUUGCUUACAUUCUAAUCCCCAGCACCAUCUUUCUCCUGGUGGUCAUCACGGUUGUCUUUUGGGUUUGGAUCUCUAGAAGGAGGAAACGGGAGCAGCCAGGCCCCAGCACCAAGGAGCCGCACACCAUCUGGCCCUCUCCUCACCAUGGGGACAGCCCAGACCUCGAGGUUUACAACGUCAUACGAAAACAAAGUGAAGCCGAUUUAGCUGAGACCCGGCCCGACCUGAAGAACAUCUCAUUUCGAGUGUGUUCGGGCGAAGCCACUCCCAAUGCCAUGUCUUGUGACUAUGACAACAUAGCUGUGGACCCCUCCGAAAGUGGAUUCGUGACUCUGGCGAGCUUGGAGAGUGGCUUUGUGACCAAUGACAUUUACGAGUUCUCCCUGGACCGAACGGGGAGGAGCAAGGAGUCUGGAUGGGUGGAAAAUGAUAUAUAUGGUUAUUAGGACACAUGAGAAACACUUGAAUGAACAGGAAUGGGAAAGAAAAGGGGAGCAAACUUCUCCUGUUUUCUAUGAGGAGAAGACUCAGAAAGUCCAUGAAAAUCUCUGAUCAGGUCAUGGGGAUGAGCAUGUGAUCUCCAUUAGCCUCUGUUGGAUCCCCAAGUUUGGCCAGAUCCCCUAUCCCCGAUUCUCCCCCAGAUCAACCUUAGGAGAAAGCCUUGCCCAUGGUCAGACAUGUAGUAGAAAAUGCCAGUUGAUGGGUUACUUCUGACUUUCAAGGGACCGUGCUUUCCAUGGCAGGGAGAGGGUUGUGGCUGCGGGACUCAGAAGUCCCACCUCUGGGUUCUCUGUUUCUUACUCUGUACAGCAGCACGUACAAUCACAGCGAGACAGAAAUUACUGACUCUUUGCAAAGCCCACGUCCUCUGGCAUCGGGCUGGCCUGUGCGUCGGUAAUUCUAAGGUCCGUUUUUUUUUCAAAGAAUCAAAUCCAAUCAAAAGCA